UAUAUUGUUGUAGUUCAGUCUUCUGUUGUUGCUAAUCAGAGGAUUGUUAAAAAGAGUUUGAUAUAUGAUGACAUUUUUGUUACAACUAUCCAUUUUAUGCUAGAGAUUGAUUCACGGCAAUCUGAAGAUGGUGAAUGGGUUCAAACCAUCGAGCAUGAGGAACGGCAUUCUGUCAUGAACCCUCAACAUCAUCUCCACCAUUAUUCGCCCAUUCAGAGAGAACUCCCCUUGGGUUCGAUAACUGGUAUCCGUAGACAAAAUCGUCAUUGUCCACUGUUGAAUUCUGUUCACAUCUCGACGCAACCACCGCUCUCUUUCACAAAUCUUCAUCUUCUAGUAAAUCCCCUGCGGCUCUUAAUACAAUCGAUUGCAUUUUCAAUAGAUGGGUUUAGGUAA